AUGUCUUCCGGCAUACGGCGCCGAAAUGUUGCCGGCGUUGGCGAUCCAGAUGCCGGCAUCUCCAAGUCAGGAGCUCUUGACACGUUGAAAAAGUUCGACGUGUACAACAAGGUGCAUGAUGACUUCAUGCAAAAAAGGCAGCUUGGGGGCGCUGUGACAUUAGUGACAUGCGCAAUCCUCGCUGUGCUAGUAUACUGCGAGGUGCGCGAGUUUUUUAGUGUGGAGGUGCUUCACAGCAUCACUGUUGAUACGAACAUAGACAGGAGGCUGCCCAUCUCCUUGGACAUGACCUUUCCGCACCUCCGAUGCUCGGAGGUGUCUGUUGACACUGUGGAUUCUGCCGGUGAUACGCAGGUGGAUGCGCAUGGUGGUUUGGCCAUGUACAACCUAGAUGCCAACGGGAAGAGAUCAUCAGGUGAUCCAGUAGCGAAAGAAGGUGAUUGCUGGCCUUGCUUGGAGGCCACAGAUCCCGAGCAUAAGUGUUGCAACAGCUGCCAGGCGUUGAAAGAUGCUUUUAAUGACAAGGGGCUGCCGUACUUCCACGUGUUGGAUACGGCAAUGCAAUGCAAAAGCUCAAUUGGAUGCAGGAUAACAGGGCAUGUGAUUGUGAACAAGGUAAGUGGAAACGUCCAUGUAGCCUUGGGAAGAUCCGUGCGGCGGGACGGCAAGCUGGUGCAUGAAUUUAACAUCGAAGAUAUUGGCGAUGGCUUCAACACAUCGCACAUGAUUCAUUCAAUUACUUUUGGAGACUACGUUGACGGACUUCAGUCUCCACUGGAGGGUGUCCACAAGAUUGCCGGCGCUGGCUCUUGGAUGUAUCACUACUACAUCAAGCUCGUCCCAACGGUGUACAUCAGCCGCUGGGGCACGACAACAUACACAAAUCAGUACUCCGUCACAGACAGUGCUCGGAAUGUUCAAGUUCGGGAGGGUGAAUUAUCUGGCUUGCCGGGGGUGUUCCUGGUCUAUGACUUCAGCCCUUUCCUCAUGAAGCAGACGGAGCAGGUAAAGCCCUGGUCCUAUGUUUUCACCUCCAUGUGCGCCAUUGUGGGUGGCGCCUUCUCGAUUGCAACUUUGGUAGAAAUGGCUCUGAGCGGGAUUGCAAGAGAGGAGCCUGAGUUAGACGUUAUCGAGUUUUAUGGUCUGGUGACUCAGAAGCUCCAGGACUUGAAGAUCAACCCGGACUUCCUCAACCGAAACGUAAACGAAGGUUUCAGCGGAGGAGAGCGCAAGAGGAAUGAGAUGUUGCAGAUGGCCGUCUUGCAGCCCAAGCUAGCAAUUCUGGAUGAGAUUGAUUCUGGGCUCGACAUAGAUGCUCUGAAGGAUGUGGCUGAAGCUAUCAGAAGUGUCCGAGAACAAGAUCCCAGCAGGGCGAUGCUUGUUGUGACACACUUUGAGCGAUUUCUCCGAUAUGUGGAGGCUGACCAUGUGCACGUGAUGUACCAGGGGCGCAUCCUCAAGAGUGGGGGCAAAGAGCUUGCCGACAAACUUGAUGAGGAGGGAUACGACUGGGUGCUCAAGGAAGCGAAGUAA